CACCAUUACCUUCCCAACCCCUCAACCUUAAAGGCGAAGUUGAACAGCAGAAGGAAAUCUUACCUAUUGGAACGAAAUAUUUACUCAUCACGAUGGGCUGUAUUAUCUCCAUAUUCGCAUGCAUCGGCGAUGCUAUAAUGUCUAUUAUUGCUUGCAUAGCAGGUGCACUUGAAUGCAUUGUCGCAGCCAUAACGAGCUGUAUCGUUGGUAUAUUCGACUGCUUAACCUGUGGAUGCUGCAGUUCGAGAAGGACAGCGGCUACGUAUUGAUACUGGACUGC